UUGGUUAAUUUUAGAAGCCCGGCAUAUCCUGCCGCGCGUUUUGGAAGGUAUAAGCAUGGCACCAAAGGAUCUUGGAUAAAAAAUAAAACAGAUAACGAAGAAUAUACUUGAAAACUGAAAAGUCGCUGGGAGAUCUGCGCCAUGUCCUUAGCGUCCAACAAAGUUAAUGCGGCUCCCAACGGUCAUAAAGCGGCCGAAGAGGGGUCAUCGUCAUUUGCGGGAUCUCCCAGCACGAAAUCUCUGACUGAUGCCGAAAAAAAUGUUCGAGAACUCGACGAGGAUAAGCCCACAACCUUUCUUGCAAUGAACCUUGAUCCGGUGAUGGUUAGAAAAUCCAGUCAACAUAUCGAUAGAAUUGCAAUGCAGAUUGAAAAGAAUUACCAAGAACAAGAAAAGAAUGAGACUGCCGAGGUUGAAUACGAGCUCGACAAUUUGGCUAAGCUAAGACCAAAGAAGUCAGAGACAGGCUCAAGCACAAUGCAAGCCAGUUCCAUGUUCUUACAUCCAGAUAAAAAAAUGAAUUUCCGCAGAAGCGUUACGGGUUCGAUGUCAAUACCCGUAAACAAAAUGUCCAUAAAAUUAUACGGGAGUGAAAAGGCAGUGUUACAAGAGCAACAAAGAAUGGAAAAAGCGGGGAACUGGAUUAUUCACCCUUACAGUAAUUUUCGAUUCAUAUGGGACUCUUUAUCAUUGGUAAUUCUUAUGGCCAAUAUCAUUUUGAUUCCUGUUGCCAUCGCAUUUUGGAAAGAUGAUGAACCAGGAUGGCUGCCUUUCAAACUCAUAUCGGAUACAUGGUUUCUGCUGGAUAUAAUCUUCAAUUUUCGAACUGGUAUCGUACUCGAUGGUCCUGACAGUGAAGUUAUUCUGGAUCCCAAGCAGAUCCGCGUGAUUUAUCUCAAAAGUUGGUUUAUCAUCGAUAUGAUCUCUACCUUUCCAUUUGAUCUAGUUUUCACGAUAGUAGACAACGCUAUCGAAGGAGAGCCAACUUCUUCGACAUCUCUCUCCGGUGUCAGUGCUUUCCGUCUAUUGAGACUGGCAAAGAUCCUGGCACUUCUACGUCUACUCCGUUUAUCACGUUUCAUUCGAUAUAUGAAGCAAUGGGAAGAGAUUUUCAACUUUCAAUAUGAACUUGCUCUUGCUUUUGCUCGUAUCAUGAAUCUUAUUAUGCUGAUGUUAUUCAUUUGCCACAUAAACGGUUGCCUGCAAUAUAUGGUUCCAAUGUUUAUGUCAUUCCCAGAAGAUACUUGGGUUUCUAUUAGAGGACUUGAGAAUCCAAACGUUACAGCAUGGGAAAGAUAUUCUUGGUCCGUUUUCAAAUCUACAAGUCACAUGUUAUGUAUUGGGUACGGACAAUUUCCACCCCAUGGAAUGAUUGACUUAUGGGUAACUUUCGUUAGCAUGGUAUCAGGAGCAAUGUGUUUUGCAUUAUUUAUUGGCAACGCAACGUCUCUCAUUCAAUCAAUGGAUGCUUCGAAGAGAGCUUAUAAAGAGAAGUAUAUGCAAGUCAAAGAAUAUAUGCAAUUUCGUAAGCUUCCAAUACCUUUACGAAGACAGAUCUCCGAUUAUUAUGAAAACCGAUUUCAAGGAAAAAUGUUUGACGAAGAUAGGAUAUUAGAUGAACUCAAUCAUAAUUUGAGAGAUGAGAUAAUUAAUCACAACUGUCGAGAUCUAGUGGAACAAGUCCCAUUUUUCAAUGAAGCCGAUCCUACGUUUUUGUCAAGCGUUCUCAGCAAACUGGAAUUUGAAGUCUUUCUCGUCAAUGAUACCAUUGUGAAGGAAGGAUCAGUCGGAUCAAAAAUGUACUUUAUAAACCGCGGUACCGUCGUCAUUCGAUCUGAACGCCACAACAUAGAGCAGCGACUUUCUGAUGGAUGCUAUUUUGGUGAAAUCGCACUUCUUCAGCAAAACAUGCGUCGUGUCGCAAGUGUUAUAGCGGAAACGUACUGUUAUUUAUAUUCUCUGUCGGUAGAAGAUUUCAACAAAGUGUUAGAUGAAUAUCCCAAACAAAGACAAAAACUUCAACACGUCGCAACGGCUAGAAUGCAAGGAGGCCCCAACACCAACGACGGCUUCGUUUCAACGUGUUCCAUAAUUCCUCUAGAUGGCCCAAAAGAAAAGAAGCAAAUAAUCGGUUCCAUGCAGCUGGAGAACAUCGAAGAAGAAACGUCAACCAUGUCAUUUUCUUAAGUGCAAUCGAACGAACAUUGUCUGAGAUAUUUUAAUAAGACAUAAUAUAAAAUAAAUAUACACCAUUAAUUGCAAGCUCAUCGUUGCUUUUGUCUGGAAUUAAUUGUAAAUAGACUAAAAUGAACAAAGACCAGGAUUUAAAACAAUGUAAACUUAACACAGUGGAAUACCGUAACUGCCAUACACCAAUAGAUAAAUUGUCAACCUAGUACAGUAUCACUCAUAGAGUAGUUGAAGAAAAAAUUCUGUCCUUGCGAUAAUCCCUUUUCAUGAAUUUAUAUGAAAACAUAAUACACUCUACUAUCAAAUACUGUAGAACAGGCGUGUGCAAACUGCGGCAUGCGGGCCAAAUGCAAAUAAAUUUCUAAACGAAGAAUGGAAUGAAGUAAUGGGAGAAAUUCCAAUCUUUUU